GCUCUGGGAGGGCCCCACCUGCCGCGCAUCUCUGGGCGGCAUCGCUGCAUCCUCCAUCCGCCCUGUGCCUGCAUCUCGGGGAGUCGGCAGUCAGGGUGAUGGCCCGUGACAAGCAGCUUCCAGCCUUCCCAGUUCGGGGUGACAUUGCCUCUGGUCCUGGAAAGUUUCUUGAAUAAUCUUGCCCAAGGAUGGCAGUUUUAGAAGAGGCUCACUUCGGAGCUUUGAUUGAGAACUAAAGUACUUUGCCUUUUGGACAGAGACCUAUAGAACUUGGUGACACCGGUGUAUGGUGCUCCCUGCAGGAGAGAUCAAUGUCCCAAUUACAAGUGGAGAAAAAAAUAUGACCUAUUAAAGGCAUAUAUUAAUACCUAUCUGUAUGAAGAAGUCAGCUCAUCUGAGAAAGGGUCCCCAUGCCAAAAGUUGCAGAGCUACUUUGCUGCCUGUGAAGAUGAGACCCCUGCCAUCCGCAACCACGACAAAGUCCUGCAGCGUCUGUGUGAGCACUUGGACCACGCUCUGCUCUACGGGCCGGGCCUGGCUGUACCUGGCCCUCAACGAAAACUCCCUGGAGAGCUACCUGCGGCUGUUCCAGGAGAACCUGGGUCUCUUGCACAAGUACUAUGUCAAGAAUGCCCUGGUGUGUAGCCAUGACCACCUGACCCUGUUCCUGACCUUGGUAUCCGGGCUGGAGUUCAUUCGGUUUGACCUGGACCUGGAUGCCCCUUAUUUAGACCUGGCCCCCUACAUGCCCGACUACUACAAGCCCCAGUACCUGCUGGACUUUGAAGACCGCCUCCCCAGCUCAGUUCACGGCUCAGACAGCCUCUCCCUCAAUUCCUUCAACUCCGUCACCUCCACCACCCUGGAGUGGGAUGACAGCGCCAUCGCCCCGUCUAGUGAGGAUUAUGAUUUUGGAGAUGUGUUUCCAGCAGUGCCGUCUGUACCCAGCACAGACUGGGAAGACGGAGACCUCACAGACACUGUCAGUGGCCCCCGCUCCACCACCUCAGACCCAACCAGCAGCAAGGCUUCCACCAAGAGUCCCACCCAGCGCCACAACCCCUUCAAUGAGGACCAGGCCGAGACUGUAUCCUCCUCCGACACCACCCCUGUGCACACAAGCUCUCAGGAGAAGGGGGAGUCCCACACCCCGGACCUACCGGACACCUGCACAGAGCUCGAGGUCAUCAGGGUCACCAAGAAGAAGAAAACAGGCAAGAAGAAGAAGCCCAGAUCAGAUGAGGAAGCAAGUCCACUCCACCCAGCCUCCACCCAGCACACGUGUGCCCGGCAGGGCAAUGGCGACACCAUGGUCAGCAGCCCAGGCCCUGGCCGGGGCUCCCCAGACACCACCCUGGCCUCCCCGCCACAGGAGGGACAGGGGCCUGGCAGCACAGUGGAGGGCAGCGAGCGCUCAGAGCCCGGCCAGGUGGGCCUGCUUAUCCCCGAGAUGAAGGACACCUCCAUGGAGCGCGUGGGGCAGCCCCUGAGUAAGGUCAUCGACCAGUUCAACGGGCAGCUGGACCCGGCCACCUGGCGCUCCCACGUCGAGCCCCCGGACCAGUCCUUUCGGACCGGCUCUCCCGGGGACGCCCCGGAGAGGCCGCCAUUUUGCGACUUUAGUGAGGGGCUUCCAGCCCCAAUGGACUUCUACUGCUUUACCGUCGAGAGUCCAAGUACUGUUACAUCAGGUGGCGGCCACCAUGACCCUGCAGGGCCUGGCCAACCGCUGCAUGUUCCUGGUAGCCCUGCGGCUGCUGGCCAAGAAGAGGCGGGGGGAGGAGGAGGACCAGGACAGACGCCUCGGCCCUUAGAGGACACCCCGGGGGAGGCGCAGAAGCCAGAGGCCCAGGAACUGGACACCCAGCUGCCCCAGGACGGUGAGGGGCUGGAGCCAGAGCCUGGGACCCAGGAGGCUCUUUGCAGACUCAAGGGAGACCAGCCCAGCCCCUGUCUGAGCAGCGCCGAGGACUCCGGGGUGGAGGAGGGCCAGGGGAGCCCUUCUGAGAUGACCCACUCGGCAGAGUUCAGAGUAGACAACAAUCACCUGCUCCUGCUGAUGAUCCAUGUGUUUCGAGAAAACGAAGAGCAGCUCUUCAGAAUGAUCCGGAUGAGCACCGGGCACAUGGAGGGCAACCUGCAGCUGCUGUAUGUGCUGCUCACAGACUGCUAUGUCUACCUGCUCCGGAAAGGGGCCACAGAGAAGCCAUACUUGGUGGAAGAGGCUGUUUCUUACAAUGAGCUCGACUACGUGUCGCCCGCCCUCUGUCUGGCCACGGCUGCCCCUGUGGCAGCCGCGGCCAAGCUCCGUGUGCAUGUGGGGUGUGGUUUCCGGCAGGUGGGCCUCGACCAACAGACGGUGAAGCUGGUGUGCACCAACCGCAGGAAGCAGUUUCUGCUGGACACAGCGGACGUGGCCCUAGCCGAGUUCUUCUUGGCUUCUUUGAAGUCAGCCAUGAUCAAGGGCUGUCGGGAACCCCCCUACCCCAGCAUCCUGACUGAUGCCACCAUGGAGAAGCUGGCUCUGGCUAAAUUUGUGGCCCAGGAAUCCAAGUGUGAGGCGACCGCUGUUACUGUGCGCUUCUAUGGGCUUGUGCACUGGGAGGACCCCCAGGACGAGUUCCUGGGCCCCACCCCCUGCCACUGCUCACCCCCUGAGGGUACCAUCACCAAAGAAGGCAUGCUGCAUUACAAGGCGGGUACCUCCUACCUGGGCAAGGAGCACUGGAAGACCUGCUUUGUAGUGCUCAGCAAUGGGAUCCUCUACCAAUAUCCUGACCGCACCGACGUGACGCCCCUGCUCUCGGUGAACAUGGGGGGGGAGCAGUGCGGUGGCUGUCGGAGAUCCAACACCACGGAUCGGCCCCACGCCUUCCAGGUCAUCCUCGCCGACCGGCCCUGCCUGGAGCUGAGCGCCGACAGCGAGGCUGAGAUGGCCGACUGGAUGCAGCACCUGUGCCAGGCCGUGUCCAAGGGGGUCAUCCCCCAGGGGGUAGCUCCCAGCCCUUGCAUCCCUUGCUGCCUGGUAAUCACCGAUGACCGCCUCUUCACAUGCCACGAGGAUUGCCAGACCAGCUUCUUCCGCUCCCUGGGUACUGCCAAGCUGGCCGACAUCAGCGCUGUGUCCACUGAACCGGGCAAGGAGUACUGCCUCUUGGAGUUCUCCCAGGACAGCGCACAGCCCCUCCCACCCUGGGUCGUCUACCUGAGCUGCACACCUGAACUGGACCGAUUCCUAUCUGCACUGAACUCGGGGUGGAAAACCAUCUACCAGGUGGACCUCCCCCAUAAGGCCAUCCAGGAAGCCUCCAGGAAGAAGUUCGAGGAUGCCCUGAGCCUCAUCCACAGUGCCUGGCAGCGGAGCGACAGCCUGUGCCGGGGCAGAGCCUCCCGGGACCCCUGGUGCUGAGGCUGAGCUGGCUGGUGUCCUGGGCGGGGCAGGAGAGGGGGGCACGUGGGCGGCACACAGUCAUCGCCGUGUCACUGAGCUGCUCGGAGCCAGGCCCCCACCCGUGUUCCUGGGCAGCCGAACCACUGAGUGGGGCUUGAGACCCAGUCUCCCUCCCAGGGACCCAGAGUGGGUGUACCACACCCUGGGCUUCCUGCCUGGCAGGGGGCAACUGGAAAGCGCUGGGGCAGAGGGUCCGAGCCCUAUGGGCUCUGCAGACGCAUGGCCUCCUCCCCGGGGCCACUGCCUCAGUCCACGAGGGGGAGUGGAAGGACUGGGAGGGCAGGAGCCCCUUCCUCCCCUGGGUCAGGGGCCCGGGCAGAGGCUUAGGCCACCCUGGGGGCUCUGAGUGCCCGGCCAUCCCUGUUCGUGUUUGAACAUUGACCCGGCUGGGAGGGAAGCUGGAACACCGAGGUCUAGUGCAUGUCUCCUCCUCACUAACUCUAUUCCCAAGCACACUGCUGCCUGCCUUCCAGACUCCAGCGGUGAUGGGGGUGCGGGGGGCCAGGCUGGCCCUCCCUGGCUUCCAGGAGGCUCUGCAUGUCCAUGGCCCCUUCCCUGACUCCUUCCAACCUGGCAGUGCCUGUGGGAUCCGAGAAUCAGGCUAUGUCCUUUUGUCGGGAGCAUGGCGGGGUGGGCAGGAGGGCUUGGAGAGGAGCAAAGCCCACCAGCCUGUGACGGCUGCUUGGCUGGAGCCAGGUCCUUCCCAAGAGGGGCCCUCUGGGGAAGAGGGUCAGGUGGCCUGGGGUUUGUUUUUUAAAAUAAAAUAGACAUGUUAUAUUGCCAA